GUUCCCAUGCCGUUCCGCCGCGAGGAGUUCGCCUGAGUUGACGGCUUCUAGUGGUCGCCAGUUGUUGUUUUGGCAGCGUGCGGUUCGGUCGACGGGUUACAUCGCCUUCUCUCCUCUACCAAAAUAAAGAGGCGCCAAAUUCACUCAGUUGGCCAAUAUCACACGCAACUCAACGAGCACGAAAGUGUUUGCCAAACAAUAUAUGUAGAUUGCAUAUUAUACUGUAAAUAUAUGUAUGUAUAGGCGGAACUCGCUCAGUGGCUAAAGCAAACAUUCAGUGCCCCCGAUCCGGAGAAUUUCAAUCGAUCGCGUCGGUAGAAAAAGAGAGCGAGAACAGAAAGAGCCGGCUGUUGGCUUCAGUCCUCACAUCCUCACCCCCGAACACCCCUUGAUUUUUGGUGCCGCGUGUGCUGCAGUACUACACUACCACAAACUACAAAAUAUACCAUACAAACGGACGCCAGGUGUGCUAAUACAUAGUUUCAGUGCCUUGGACUUGGCCGAUUCUUCAGAUAUUUUGGUAACCCAUCGGUUUUUGUUUUGCUGCAUUCAUUCGCAUUUAAGGAGUCCCUUUUCAAGGCAAAUCCCAAACAGCUGUCACUCCGAAUAUUGCCAAAUGCCUCCUCAUCGGAUCAUCAGAGCCGCGUAGUUUAGUGUAAAUCGGCAUACAGUGUACAUUACUUUGUGAAAUCUACUGCUACAGUUGCGAAAAUGUCGGCAAUCAACAGUCGUAAUCAGAAAAUGGAACAACAGCGCCAGCUGAUGGAGGCCUACAUACGGCAGAAGAGGGCCUCGCCGGGAAUGGUCCAGGCUAGCGAUCUGCAGAUCAACCGGCCGAUGUCCGGGAUGCGCAGCAACAGCCGGGAACUGCACGCCUACGACGGACCCAUGCAGUUCAUCAGCUCGCCGCAAAAUCCGGACCAGAUACUCUCCAAUGGCAGUCCCGGGGGCAUCACUCCGGUUGCCAUGAACACGAGUCGCAACCACUCGAACAACAUGCGCAGCCUGAGCACCAUCAACCAGGAGGCUGAUCUUAUAGAGGAGAUCUCAUCGCACGAGUUGGAGGACGAGGAGAGCAGUCCGGUGACGGUGAUUGAGCAGCACCAGCAGUCCGCAUCCCACAGCGCCAACUCGACGCAAUCCCAGAAACCACGUGCCCGCCAGCAUUCCUUCAGUGACAAUCUGGACGAGGAUGACUACACCAACCGCAAUGUGGCGGGCGCCGCUCCAGUGCGUCCCGCGGGCAUGGCCUCGUCGCCGUACAAGGACGCGACGCUGGAGGGCAGCAGCAACGGAACGGGGAACGGAACUGGUGGAGAGUCCGAGGGAGAUGUCAUCGGCAACAUCGACCAGUUCGUGAUGCAACCAGCGCCACAGGGAGUGCUCUACAAGUGCCGCAUCACGCGGGACCGCAAGGGCAUGGAUCGCGGUCUCUUUCCCAUCUACUAUUUGCAUCUGGAACGCGACUACGGCAAGAAGAUAUUUCUGCUGGGAGGUCGCAAGCGCAAGAAGAGCAAGACAUCCAACUACAUUGUCAGCUGCGAUCCCACGGAUUUGUCCCGCAACGCCGAUGGCUUCUGCGGCAAACUCCGCUCCAACGUCUUUGGCACAUCCUUCACGGUCUUUGACAACGGCAACAAGGAGAGCACAGAGAGUCCUAGACUGGACUUGGCCGUUAUUAUUUAUGACACCAACAUCUUGGGAUUCAAGGGGCCACGCAACAUGACUGUUAUACUGCCGGGCAUGACUGAGGAUGAUCAGCGUGUCAAGAUCAGUUCGGCGGAUCCCAAACAGCAGGGCAUCCUCGACCUGUGGAAAAUGAAGAACAUGGAUAAUAUUGUGGAGCUGCACAAUAAGACGCCAGUGUGGAACGACGAAACCCAAUCGUAUGUGCUCAACUUUCAUGGACGCGUCACCCAGGCGUCGGUGAAGAACUUUCAGUUGGUCCAUGACUCCGAUCCGGAGUAUAUAGUGAUGCAGUUCGGCCGCACCUCGGAGGACGUCUUCACCAUGGACUAUCGCUAUCCCCUGUGCGCCAUGCAAGCCUUCGCCAUAGCCCUCAGCAGUUUCGAUGGCAAAAUAGCCUGCGAGUGAGCUGGCUUGGAUCCUCGGGUUGGCCCGUUGCCUUAUGUACAGCUGAUUAUCUGGAGUGCGGAUCAAGUCACUCCGGGCGGAUUAUUGUUGAAAAUAUUAUCGCAAAUCUAGUCACUCGAAGUCGGGUUUGGUAGAACAUCGUUGAAAUGAGUAAUGUAGUAGCUAUCAGUAUACAGUAACGUAUAUUCAGAAUGUGCUCACCGAUUUUAUAAGUAAAUAUUUAGGACAGGUCCUACAACUUUGUAAAUCUUAAUGUGCCCCUCUAAUGAUAAGUUAGUUCACUUGUAAGCGAAUCAGAGUAAAUGUCAUUUAAAGUAAUAUCAGUUUUAUAAUCAGCAUAUAGCAACAAAUCAAGGACUAAUGUAAACUAUUUAAAAUGCCACUACUAUUAGUCAGUAAGAGAGCACUACUAACUUGUACUAAGCUCUAAAUAAAUAUAAAGCUAUUGAUC